AUGCCAUCCCGGGUACUCUCCAAAUACAACCGCUGCACCAUCGAGAGCUUCCUGUCCGUUUGCAUCACGGCCUGGUAUGGGAAUUUCUUUGUCCACAACCACAAGGCCCAGUACAUCACUGAAGACGGCCCACUGGUGAGUGAGCAACAAGAGAGCCGCCCCCUGCUAAGCCCCUCCAUCGACGACUUCCUCUGUGAGACCAAGUGCGAUGGAGCUGCCCGCCCAGUGACUUCAAACACAGCAGUUCUGACCUCCACAUUGGACCUAUUGGACCUCAGCGAGCCCGGAGAGAGAAUGAACAGCAAGCAGGACAAGAAGAGCCCUCUGUCGUCGUUGCAUGGGGAAGGGCCCAAGAACGGGCCUCACCGAAAGAAGACAACAGAUGAGACCGAGCUGAUCCGGGUGGCUGUGGAACAGACUGCCCCCAGCUCACACACUCCCGAUAGAGGGUCACUAGACUCAGUCAUCAUUGCCUCUCCUUUGGAGAAAUGGGAGGAGCUCAGCCUCCACCCUGAGAGAAACGGCAGCAGAAAGUGGAAAUUGGAAAGACAACGUUCGUCGAGAAACUCCUCCAGCGAACAUCUGUGGUCCAUAGACUGCAAAACACAACCAGAGGCAACCUCCAUGAACUCAUUGGAAGGGAAUACCAAAGCAGAGGCAGAGCCAGCUCUAGCAUUUCAAGGCCAUUUGAGUAAAGAGCGGUUCGAUGGCGGUGCCCUCCUGUCCAGAAACCAGUCCCUGGAGGAAGAGUUUGAGCGCGCCAAGGCGGCUGUCGAGUCAGACACAGAGUUCUGGGACAAGAUGCAGGCAGAGUGGGAGGAGCUAGCACGACGGAACUGGUUAACGGAGAACGAGCAGGCCCAGACCCCCUCCAGUGUGUUGCCUCACGAGAAGGGCUACUACUUUCACACGGACAACCCCUACAAGGACUGGCCCAACGCAUUUGAGGAGGGGUUUCGAAAGUCCAAAGAGGGAGACCUGCCCAACGCUGUCCUGUUACUGGAGGGGGCCAUUUUACAGGAUCCCCAGGACUCCGAGGCUUGGCAAGUGUUGGGGACCACCCAGGCCGAGAAUGAGAACGAGCAGGCUGCUAUUGUCUCCCUCCAGAGGUGUCUAGAGCUCCACCCCAACAACCUCCAGGCCCUCAUGGCCCUGGCAGUGAGCCUGACCAACACGGGCAUGAGGCAGGAUGCCUGCGAGGCGCUGCUGUGCUGGCUCCGCCACAACUCCAAGUACAAGCACCUGCUGAAGGGCAAGAGACACCUGGCGGGCUCCCCGGGCUCCCAACGUAGGAUGUCUCGUGUCUCUACUGUGGGCAGCUCCAUAUUGCCGGAGGUCAAGGAGUUGUUCCUGGAGGCUGCCCAGCACAACAGGGAUACUGACCCGGACCUGCAGACGGGCCUGGGCGUGCUGUUCAACAUCAGCGCUGAGUUCAACAAAGCUGUGGAGGCCUUCAAUGCUGCCCUGUCGGUGCGGCCAGAGGACUACCUGCUGUGGAACCGCCUGGGUGCCACGCUGGCUAACGGGGACCGCAGCGAGGAGGCAGUGGAAGCCUACACCAGAGCCCUGGAGCUCCAGCCGGGCUUCAUUAGGUCCCGCUACAACCUGGGCAUCAGCUGCAUCAACCUGGGAGCGCACAGGGAGGCGGCCAGUAACUUCCUAACGGCCCUGAGUCUGCAGAGGAAGAGCCGGAGUCGGCAGCUCUCGCACCAGGUCAUGUCGGGGAACAUCUGGGCCGCCCUGCGGAUAGCCCUCUCCAUGAUGGACCAGCCAGAGCUCUUCCAGGCGGCCAACAUCGGAGACCUAGACCUACUCAUGAAAGCCUUCAACCUGGACAUGUGA